ACUCUGAAUUGUACACCAUAAGCAACGAAGAAAUCCGUCCUAUCAUUAUUAGUUCAUGGUUAGAAAAGGAGGACGAUAUGCGGUGAUGUCCCCCGGUGAUGAUGCCCUGUAGGUUUUUGGCCACAGUUAUUCGAUCUUACGUAGACGCGCUGAUGCACACCCUCGGUUUGCUGUUAGGAUGGUUUGCUCCAAGUAACUGGAUAUCAUGGAAACCAACAUCAAUGGCUCAACUUGCUCAGGCAGAAAAUAAACUUUUGCAGUGUGUGAAACAUGCAAUUACUGGGAAAUUUGUCCUGUUACCUCGAAGUCAGCAGAGGAUUUGGACCAUUGCAGUCAAUGAGGAUUUUGUGAGGACUGACAAGAGCCCAACCACCCCCAUCGUUCUUGUGCAUGGUUUCGGGGGUGGCUUAGGUCUCUGGGCUCAAAACUUGAACUCUUUAGGCAAGAAUGCACCUGUGUAUGCGUUUGACGUGCUGGGUUUCGGUCACAGUGCCAGACCCACCUUCAGCAAGAAUGCUACCAUGGCAGAGAUGCAGUUUGUUGAUUCCGUGGAAGAAUGGCGAAAAGAAAUGAAACUUGACAGUUUUAUUCUAGUUGGACACAGUUUUGGCGGUUAUAUAGCAUCUUCGUUUGCGAUCAAACACCCGGAAUGCGUUAAACAUUUGGUGCUGGUUGACCCUUGGGGUUUUCCUGAGCAGCCUCCAAAACACCUAAGACGGCAGCUUCCAUUCUGGAUCAAAGUUUCUGUAGCGCUAAUGUCUCCAUUCAAUCCACUAGCCCCUAUACGUGGAGCUGGUCCUCUGGGUAAAAGUCUUGUUAGGAACUUUCGGCCUGAUUUAAAACUCAGAUUUUCGGAUGAUGAUGAUACCAUAUUUGACUAUAUUUACCACUGCAAUGCACAAACUCCCAGUGGAGAGACAGCCUUCAAGAACAUGACAAUGGGAAUUGGCUGGGCCAAGAGACCCAUGAUCCACAGGGUUACUGACAUCGCGAACCACGUCCCGAUCACGAUGGUCUACGGAGCCAAAUCAUGGAUGGACAGUAACACUGGGAAUCUUGUCAAGUAUCUACGGAACACCAGCUACGUAGACGUACAGGUGGUGAAGGGGGCGGGUCACCAUGUUUAUGCCGACCAACCAGGACCAUUCAAUUCACUCGUAGCACAGAUCUGUGACAUGGUCGACCGGGGAGUUUUGCCGGUAAAAUCCAACAGUCCGAAAUACAAACAGAGAGGGGCCUCGCGGACAACCAGUGAAAGCGCUCCAGACAUUGACACUACCAAGCCAGACAAAAUACCAAGUCCACUCUAGACACUGUGUACCAUAUUGUUAUGUAUAUAAUGUUAAAUUUGGUUGUAGUUCUUCUGUAGUCUACUCAAAAUUUUUCAAUUGCUUGCUCAAAAUAAAAUACAGAUACCGUAAUAUCAAGGUAUUAAAUUAUGAAUUACCAGGUACUGUAAAAGUUCUUAUUUUAGUGGACUCAAAUUUUGGUGUAUUAUGGAAUUUAACAGAUAAGUGCAUUGAUGAAUUAGCACACUCACAAUGCAUGCUGUAGGCAAUUAUAUAUACAGAGAAGUGAUGAUUGCACCAAUUGAAGUUUAUGUGUAAUUUUAGCACUUAUCCCCCUUUUCAUAUUGUGCUCAAUUUUAGCACAAUUAUGAAAAGGGGGAUAAGUGCUGAACUUACAGUAUACCACUCAAAUAUAUGCAUUUACUAUCUACAAUGCCUCUGGUAGGAGUCGAAUCCGGGACCUCUGGCUUACUAGUCUUAUGCUCUACCAAAUGAGCUAAAGGGAAAUUCUCCCUAGCCGAGUCAGUAGGAAGCGGCUAGCAUUUUACCAGGGUGACAUUCUAUUGAAAAAAUUCUAUGAUUUUUUUUAGGGAUAGUUCAGAGUAAUGAGCAUUUUAAUAGGAAACCUUAACAAAGUGACCUUAAUAUUUUGGUCUAAUAGUAACGUUUCUAUGUUAAUCUAACCUGUGUACCUGGUUCAUUUUGACCAGUUGUGGCUCGUAAGUGUUCGGUGAAGUUGGGCAUCACCAAUUUCAAGCGAAGGUACGAUAUACCAGGAAAUUUUCGCCACAUUUCAACUUUCGCCUUUGUCCCCCUUCUGUAACUGGGGCAAAUUUAUCAUAAGAUCCGACAUUAGUUAACAAAGAACUGUUAAGAGUACUUAUUUCAGCUGACACAAUUUUUCAGCGUAAUGCUGUGUUGUUGAAUUAUAACAGAUUAGCGUAUCAUUGAAUUGGCACACUGACAAUGAAUGCUAUUGAAAACUCAACAGAAACCCAAUAGGUGCAAUCAUGAAUUAGCACAGUGAUCAGCGUAUGGAAAUUUCUAAAAUUUGAAUGCUGCUAAAAUAUGUACAUUUACAGUUAUAAACGUUUGUUAAACUAAUGUUAAGGAAAAUAUUUUCCCAAGAGGGCACCUUACUGAUUUAUUAGACAAGAUACUAUUUUCAAAUGCAUUUUACGUCUUCCUCUGAGCUGUCUUUUUGUCCGAUUUAGAGAGAAGGUGAAACCAGUGUUUUGACACAAGCACAUAUGUACAUGUACUAGGGUAUAAAGUGGUUUCACAGAUAAUAUGUUCUUACUUCAGACUUCUCUUCGGGAAGAAACCGUUGAUCAGGCUGAUGUGUACAAUUUUAAUUAUUACUGCAGUCGGAAUCGGAAGCGAAGUAUAUUUUUGUUUUUAAUGCACUUUUGUAUUAAAAAAAAAGUCUAUUUUUGUUUUUAAAUGCACUUUUGUAUUACCGGAUUAUUGGAGUGUUACUACCGCGGAAAUGUGAAUUUAACAGUUGCAGUCAAGGAAUAACUAUACAGAUCAGGCCAUCUUUAGAACCACAAAUCCAACAUUUCUCAAGUUGAUAAUUUUCCACAUAAAUGCGGAAAUAACACUGCAUUAGAUCCAUGCUCAGGGUAUAGCACACUAGUAUUGAACUCAAUUACCCCUGAAAACGCACUUGAACUCUUCCAAUUCAAAGGUUAGAAUGUUUCAUUAUGAAGUUUCAGGGGUGAAUGAGUCAAUAAGUCAAACUGCAAAGUUUGUAUGAGACUUCUGUAAAAUUCACUUCUUGAUAUAUCAGAUUACUUUAUUGAUUUAUGACAAUAAACCAUGUUUUUAACA